AUGGUCCAUCUGCCGUCCUUGUUCUCUCGCCGUUCUUCCUCCUCCAUCUCCAACCCACCUGGAUCUUCAUCCUCAUCGUCUCCUUCUUCUCCUUCAAAUUUUGGUUCUGUCUCAUCCACGAGAAAUAUUGCUCCUUUGUCAUCGUCGACGACCUCUUCAAACUCGGAACUUUCAAGGUGUAAAGAAGAGAAUUUUCAUCGUCGUCGUCUUCUUCUUCGUGAUGAUGAUGAAAAUUGUACCACCUACAACAAGAAUUCAUCAAGUCGAAUCGAAGUCUCAGAAUCGGGAGUUUCCAAAGAUUGGACCACAUCUCAUCAACAAGAACAACACACUCACUCAAAUCCAUCUUCCAUGAUUGCUAUGUCUUCUGACGAUGGUGGCAGGACUUUAAACAAGGAUGUCCAACAGAAAGUCAACAUGUUGAAUGAUCAUGUUUCAAAAAGUUCAUCACAAGUCAAUUCGACUCUUGAUGUGCUGUCAAACGCCACCACCACUCAUACAACUCACAAUUCUACUGAACAUAACAAUCCUUUGAAAAAGACACGAAGUGCAUCGACAUUGGUAGUCCGAAAAAAAGUGGUCAUUUACAAAGAGACUCCUUCUUUUGUCAUGUCAAGAAAUGACAUUCGAUCACCACCUCUCUUGGAUCCAACGGUGAAAAAAUUUUCACUCAUUAAGGCCAUUGAUGAAUCACAACAACAACAUCAUCAUCAUUCAAAUCUUCUCCCUUCUGCCUCAAAUGAGCAUUCUUCUCAUUUAACAUGGACAACUAAAACCACAAGUUCAAGUGAACAUUCUGAAAAUAAGGAUCAAGAGGUUCCAUGUUCGAACAUGUUACAACAGUCGCUCAACAUGUCGUCUAGUCCUCGAAGAAGUGUGAUCACUACGAGAGAGGUAAUGAUGGAUUCCACGUCACCUUAUUCGGAACAUAGUGAUGAAGUGUCAACACUUUGGAAAUCUACAGAAGGUGACAAUGACAGCAUGUUCACAACAUCAGCAAACAUGUCUCUUAAAACAUCUCCAAGAAAUAAUACCAACUCUGGAAAUCCAGCUCAAUUUUUGGCCUUUAUGACUGAAAUGGAUGAAAAGGAAUCAAUCUUGUUGUCACCUCAUCGAAAAAGUUCAUGUAGUGGAAUGGAGGAUGAAAAACAAGAUUUAAAAUUUGAUUCAAAUGUACAUUCAGAAAAAUUAGAAUGGAAAGAGAGAAGAAAUUCCACUCAAACUCCAACCAUUGUUUUAGAAUCUAAUGAUUCUUCCAUUCCAGAAAUUGUCAUUCCUGAUCAUAAUUUGGGAAAUAUUGGACAUGCAACCUUAAACAAAUUUUUUACUUUUCAACAACAAAUUGAUCGAAACGAUGCACCUCCUCGAAAACGUGUGGUACAAUUUAAAAGUGAUUCUAUUCAUGCACUGAUGAAGAGAAAUGAAACAUCAUCUCUCAUGAAUAGGAAUAAUGAAAAUAAUUGUUCAUUUGAACCAAAGGCUCCUGUGCAUGAAAAAAGUAGUAUGGAACCUCACUUGACAGUGUCACAUUUUAGUCAUCGACAUGAUAGGACUGAAAAUUGCAAUUCUUUGGACAUGAAUGAUAGAAAUCUAUAUGAUUUACACAUCACCGAGUAUACUCUUAUGAACUAUACCAUGACAAAUGACAGCUUGAAACAACAACCUCCACAAGGAAUUUCUACCUUCAAUCAUACCUUGCUGUCAUUUCCCAUGAUUGAUGGCAAGUUGAUUUUUGAAAUCAGUUAUUGCAAUAACCAUGAAAUGAAUGAUCAUACAAAGAAAGAACGCGAAUUACAAAUUACUUUCAUUCCAAAGAACCAAAUUGAUCACACACUUCAUAACAAACUUGUGGAUCUUAUUUAUGGAGCUCAUUCUGGAGAACACUCGAAUUUACAUGUUCAGCAACAAAUGUGGACACUUCGAUUAUCCUUAGAAAAUGAAUGUAGAAAACAAGAACAUUAUUACACUACUACUAACGAUUUCACAAUUGAUGGCAAUACGAUUCCAUCAUCAUCAACAACCACUUUAACAGAAAAAACAACUACGAGUGGCCAACUGUUAACUAAUUUUCUCAAUCAAAUUUCACAACAAUUUUCCUCCUCUUCAAUGAAUGACAUGAACAACGUAGAGAAUACUUGCAAUUAUGGAUUUCAAUUUAAAUCCUUUCAACAUUUUGUUUCAUUUAUUGGACGAGCAUUGGAGAGUGAUUUAGAGGAACGAAAAAGAGCUCUGAAUCAUGUCACUUCUUUAACAACAACAACCAGUGGUCACAAUGAUCUUUUACGAGUGGGAUUCGCGUUUUCCACCAGAGAGAUGCCAUCAAAUUCACAACAUGAAAAUGACAUGCACGAUGGGUUGUCCUUGAAGUCUUCACAUGAAAUGACACAACUCGUCCAAAAAGUGAUGCAAGAUCCAUUGGAUGUUCACAUGCUCAACACCACAAAGGGACCCUUGCCUUCCAGUGUCGAGAGAAAAAUUCUCUUUUUCAUAAUUCACUAUUAUUCAUCCAAACUUGAUUCGAAUAUGAAAUUUGUGAUUCCUCUCUUUCCUGUUCAUUCCGGUGAUCAAAAUGCAAAUUCAGAAUCAAAUUCCACAUCUUCUUCUCGAGGAAAGAACUUUGAAGCACAUCUUAUUUGGUUGGAGUCUGAAUUGGAAGAAUUAUUAUAUCAGAAACAUCAGUGGGAAUAUUUAAUGAGAUUUUCAUUUAAAGUGUUCGAUUCGAGGAGUAUCGAUCCAAAAAAGAUUUGUAUUUCAAAUCAGAAUCGAACCAUUCGACAUGUUGGUGAGAAAAUGGGUUGGGCUUGUUGCAUACUGAGAUGUCCUGUCACACCUCCAGGAGGAUUUUUACCUCCAUUGUUGCAACAACAUCAGCACGAUGAAAUUUCUUCACUCAAAACCAAUCACAUUCUCUCCAUCAAACUUGAUUCCUUAUUGGAACAGAGUGAAAAUAAUAAUAGUGGAAUAUUUGUUGGCAUUGUGAAUGCACAAACUCCAGUGAGUCAAAUUUUACAAAAUCCACUCCUCAAUGUACAGGGAUGUGAAUCUCAUGCUUACUUUUUGAAAGAAAAUCAAUUUCGUCAUGGUUCCAUGGUAAUUAGUGCCACCCCACCUCAAGAAGCAUUUCCGUGGAAGAGUGGUGACAUUUUAGAUUUAGUGUUGGAUUAUUCAAAUCAUCGUUUGACCGUAUUCAGAAAUUAUCAUCAAGCGAUUUUACCCCUACAGGAUCCUCCUCGAAUUGAUGUAGAGAAUAAUGAAUGGUAUUUCAUCGUUGGCAUGCAACAAGAAGGUCAACAAGUGACAAUUAUUUGA